CAUCUGAGCAACAUGACAAACUUAAAAUAUCACGCUCAAGGGGGUCACUUGAAGGGCUGCGAUCAGGUAAAAUUACAGAGCGCAGGGCCACUUGUUUUCAUCUCAUUGAAUCACAAAACAUCCUUUUGUGUUCCGUAUGGUGGAUGCUCAAGCGAUCAUUCAAGGGCUAGGAACGAGUGUUGUCAGUCACGCUCUCCCUGGCCAUUGGCCCACAGAUCUUAUUAUGUUUGCUGUCUCCAGUGCGGUCUUUAUGCAAUAUUUGCGGGAACGCAGCGCGAAAUACUCCUCGUAGUCAGACGACCAAACGCUUCAUUUGUUAACCUGCUUUCGCAUGUGUUGGAAAAUGGAGCAUUCUAGAGCAAGGUCACUAAAAAUACCAGCUCAACUGCGUAAGAAACAUGCACUUGCUGUUGCUACAGUUCCAGUGAUGCUCCUUAUCAUCUACUACGUUUUUAAUGGAUUACAGGAUGAUAAAAAAAUGCUAUUUAAUCAAGUUACUCAGCAUGAGAAUAUGAAAAAAGGAAAUCCUACUUUCAACUUGGAAAGGAAUCUGCUAUUGGUGAGUUAUAACUUAUGGUGCACACUAUGGCAUUCUCAUGGUGUUGAGGAAAGAAUUGAAAGUCUUGUUGAGGGAAUAAAGGAUUUUGACAUUGCUCUGAUUCAGGAGGCAUACAUCUGGAAUUUUGGAGUGGCUGUGUUCAAAAAAUGUGCGUCACUCCUUGUUGUGGAAAUGAAGAAACAUGGAUUUCACUUUAGAACAUCCAUCUUAGAUUUUGUCCCCCCCUUUGGACAGAGUGGAGGUGUUGUUAUAUUUAGUCGUAUACCAUUAGUAAGAACAAUUUCAAAACAAUACAACUCCUCAAUCUUCCAAUAUUUGGUCUAUAGAGGUUUUGUAGUUGGAGAGUUCUUCAUCAACUCCAAGCCCCUACAUGUCAUCAACACCCAUUUAAAUCCUACAGGAGUUGAUUCUCGGGUUCAACAAGCAAAAGAAUUGGCCAGGGCCAUGAAAGACUUCAACCUGAAUUCACACUUUGUUGUGGCUGGAGACUUUAACAUUGAUAACAAUUACCCCACAACUAGUAACAGUAGUACGGAAUUUAGAAAACUUCUAGAAACAAUGACUGAAACAGGCCUCCACUCUGUUUUUCCAGUACGAAUGGAGACUAAUAUUGAUGGUGGUAACUAUGAUGCAAUGUUCAUUAGUUCUAAUGUUGCUGUGGUGAGAAAAGAGAUCAUUAAGCUGGUAACCAAAAAGAACAAAUUUGUCUCAGACCAUUUUGGCCUUGCAGUUGAACUAAAACUCUUGUAACAUACUUGCACAGUAAGCUUCAAUACAGUGUAAUUAGUCAGCUGGUACAAUACUAUUUAAGAUACUCCUCAUUUAUUUAUAUAUCUGAAGGUUGAACUAACCAAUAAGACAUAACUUUUCUGUGACUCUGAGUUUCAUGCUUACGCAAUCAUCAGACAGAUUUUAAUGAUUAAGAUCAGUCUGAUGAUCGUUUAAGCGUCAAACUCAGAGUCGCAGAAAAGUUAUGUCUUUACUGAUUACUUGAACCUUCAGAUAUACCACGCUCUGCGAACACAUCGAGCACUGUACGGCAAGGAUAGACUAUAAUCAAGAUUUUAUAUAUAUAUAUAUAUAUAAUAUAUAUAUUCUAUUCUGGCAAAUGCUAUUUCUUUUUCAAUCUCGUUUCCUCAAGAGUGUCAGGUUUACUCAUUGCAGCUGCCACUUUUAUUUGUUAUUUGUUAAACUUGAGUCAGUUGCUGGUUCACUGAGAAAAAGAAUCAGUGGUAUUUUUGCGUUAUUAUGAAGCAGGCUUCCACUAUGUUUUUCCAGUACCAAUGGAGACUAAUAUUGAUGGUGGUAAGUAUGAUGCAAAUGUGGUUUAUAUGAUGCAUUCUUACUUAAAUUUUAGACUGGAAUCUUUGUAAACACAUGCUCUCAUUCUUGAUACUUGGCAUCCACAUGGUUUCUUUUCUAUGUUUCAAAUUAGUCUUCUGUAAGUUAGAAGGCUAGAGCUGUAAAAAGUUUGACACCUUAAAUAAGUUACAUGUCAAUGUAAGUGUAGGUGAUUGUAUGUGUAUUUGUGGGCUGAUCAUAAAAACACAUGGCAAAACAGUUACUAUAUGUAAUAUUUUAAUGGCAAAGAGUUUCUUUGAAAGCAAUUUCCAAUUAACCAUCUGCACCAGCAAUCAAUGAAUUUGAAUAAGUUUCCUUUGAGACUUUGAAUAUUCUGUGACACGAGAUUACUGAUGGCUUAUGAGAGAAUUUCACAAAAGGGUAUCUAAUUAUUCUACUUGAGAAUUGCACAGACAAGCACAUCCAGAUGGGCAUUUGCUGAAGCAUUCAGGUAAAAAGUGCACUGGUGCAGAGUUAGUGCCUGUCACCUUUUUUACCAGCCACCUGACAAGAAUAAAUAAUUAAAAACAAAUUACUUUUAUUGAUUAUUACAAUAUAAUUGUUAAAACAAACAUUUAGAUAAAUAUGUGACAAAUUAAUAACAGUAAAAUAAACAAAAACAGUAUUAAAUUAAGUAAAAUAACAAUAAAAUGGACAAAGUAACCAAUCUUUGUUAACAAUGUAACUGGAGGUUUCUUACCCUUUUAAAUCCCUCCAUAUUGGUUGAAUCCAGAGGGCUGCCAAUAAAUCCAAUAUACUCCACAACAGUUGUUUCUUCAUUGCCUUGGUUGUUUUGAAAAAAUAACUACAGAAAACACAAAUAUUGAAUAAAUA